AAUUACACAGUAGAAGAAGAAGAUCAAUUUCCUGUGUGUUAGCCGUGUUUCUAAUCGCAGCUGGUUACUCUCCUUUACGUGUUGUAUUCGUUUUACCGUCAGCUAACAGACAGGAUUAUAAACUAACUCCUCUCCUGCUGGAUAAUUAAACGGCGAGCCCGGCAGGAAACAUGUCCACCGCACUGGAGAGCUACAUUAACCGUACUGUGGCUAUCAUAACCUCAGAUGGACGGAUGAUUGUGGGCACUCUGAAGGGCUUCGAUCAGACCAUCAACCUGAUCCUGGAUGAAAGUCACGAGCGAGUGUUCAGCUCCAGUCAGGGGGUGGAGCAGGUGGUGCUGGGGCUCUACAUCGUCAGGGGGGACAAUGUGGCGGUGAUUGGGGAGAUUGACGAGGAAACAGACUCCACUCUGGAUUUGGGAAACAUCAGAGCCGAGCCACUCAACUCUGUUGUCCACUGACCUUUGACCUCACUGCCCUGGUCUGAUGCAGGAUGUAGUCUUAAUGGCAACAGUUGUGUGGGCAUUUGUAAACUCUCAUCAAAUUUUCAUAAGGACUGAUGUUUGAAAAAUAUCCACACAGUUUUCUUUCUGGAUCAGACUCCUGCACUGACCCAUGUUGUGUUUGUAUUUUUUUUUUUUUUUUAUAUAAAUAAAGAAGUGAAUUGUUUGGUAAGCUUUUUGUUUAUGCUUCAAGUGUUUUUGUCAAGUUGAGACUGUUUUAAUAAAGUUUCUCCUCUCCAAGAAACUGUUUCUAUAAAAUCGUAGUCGUCCACUGUAAAGUUUCAAUCUUUUGAUUAAGUUGUACUUAUGCUGCAACAUAAAUCCAACAAAAUUUUUUGAAAAAAUUCCCAAUUAUUGGAACUUGUAAGCUGCUGUGUAAAUGUAUAUCCUCCUGGAAAUAAAUCAACAAACACUGA